AUGCCUUCGUUCACUCGCUUCUUUCGGAGUAAGGACUCCAAUGCUGCGAAAAAGAGCUCAAAUACACCUGCGGCAGAGGACACGGGCCCAGCGAAACCGACAUGGACCGACGCCUGGCAGCGAACCGAGAUUGCACCGGAAGAGGUCCAACAACUGCUGAGAGGUUGCACUCAGGAGCUCAAAGUACGAGCUCUGCAAACCCCGUUCAUGCUACUUCCAUUCCGUCCAAGCUCCGAUACAGUCACGGCCCGUACAUUUAUUCGGAAUUAUUUUAACGAGUCUUUGAAAAGAGGCUCUCCUUUCGCUGGGGAUGAAUUGGCACACGAACUUCGCCUUACCGACCCGAUGGUCCUAUGCAGUGUUAUGAAAUGGUGCUGGAGUAGACUCCCCGGAGGUGUUGUUACCUGGGAGGCGUAUGAGCUAUUUAAGGUUGGCGAACAAGACUCUCAGUUUGCUCGCGACGCCUUCUCCACCUUUAUACCCAUUAGCGUGGACUCAGACGCUCGGACCAAAAUCAUCUUCGACUUUUUCGAUCUUUUGACAGCUAUCGCGGCACAUGGGAAGUCUAACGGUCUGGGAGGGCGGAAACUUUCCCGAUACGCUGGAUGGUGGGCAUUUGAACAAAAUGAUACCGGCAAUGGCUUUGAAGCAGCCUACAAGAACUGGACGAGUGCUGCCGAUGCAACGAGUCACCUAUUCUUCGCUUAUCUACGUUCACUUUCUCCCGACACUCCUCGCGGCAUGAGCGGCAUAUCUACGCUGCCCAUCGCCCUGCAGUCCCUCGUCCAAGCCACGGAAUAUCCACCUGAAACGCCGACAUUACUUCAAGUUUCGACUACCAAGGUGGUCAUGAUCGUCGAUACAGUCUCCCCCACUCCCUUUGCCCUACUACGCCGGGCAAAGAAUUUCGAGUACAGAGAUAGUGAUAAGCAUUUGCAAGAAUUCGCAGGUUACGAAGACCCCCGAAAGGCCUUAACUGAUGAGUGUCUACGGGUCCUAAAAUGUAUCUCAUCUACUAACCAGUCUGCUGUCGACGAGCCGGUUGUGGCUGACCACGAUGCGUCAUGGUCGAGGUUUGAGGAUCUUGGUUUCGGGGGCGCUAUCGAAGCCACCCUUGAAGAGGACAAGGCCUUGUCCAGUCCCACCCUAAAGGAGUUUGGAGGUAGCUUAAGGUCCGUACCUCAUUCUGGCACCGGUGACCUCGGCCGUCCUACAACACCAUCAUGGGCCGACUUCAUGUCAUCCGGGUUCGGGGAUGACAAUUCUUUCAAAGCCCCAGUUGCUCCCCUACUUCUGCCUCCUGAUAAGGUCCUACCGCCAAUCGCCUCAAUACGGGGCCAAAGCUCCCAAUCCCACAAACGGGGACUCAACGACGAGCCCUCUAUGGACCCUGGUGAGUUGGCUAGUAUCACCACUCUCGACUUGGACGACUCUUUUUGGUGGGUUUGGAUCAGCAGUUUGGCUGGUGAAGAGCCCACCGCACGAAAAGCGGUCUUCGGGCGAUGCGCUUUGCUCGAGACGGUCAUUAAAAACACAAAAUGGUUGGUACUAGAAGAACAAGUCAAGGGUGCUGCGCCAGAUCCCGACCCCGGCGCGUACAUUGUCGAAAAGAAGCGGUUUUUCGGGUUUACGACCCGGAGGGGCAAGCUCUCGCGACGCAAAUCUUCGGCCAAGAAGAUUAGUUCUGUAGAGGACUCCUACAAGCGACCCAACAAUCAGGGGCCGAAUAGCAAAGCUAGCAUAGCUCCAGACCAACAUGCCCGUAUUCAGGCAGCUGCAGCUGCACUCCAAAGGAAGCACCGUGAAGAGCAAGGGCUCGCCAACGGAACAAAAUCAACCGCAGGGCAGGAUUCGUACUCAACAAAGACCAAUUCCGUGAUGACUCUACAGCCAUCUAUUCUGAACGAGGCAUCUCAGGCUAUGAAAUGGGCUAGUAACUACGACAAGAACGCUUACAGGGCCGCUUAUCUCAAUAAUAGCCGUGCUGGGACUGGUGCUGGGACUGGUGCUGUGGUCGAUGAACAGAAGGAACAGCCUACCCCCUCAAUAACAACUAGCACCCGACAACCGCCUCCUGCUUCUCCUAAGACCUCUGCUCCCCCUUCAGCCGCACCGGUACCAGACGCAACUGAGAAGCCCGCCGAUGAUGCGAAGGUUAACACUAAUCCUGCGAAACAGUCGACCGUAGAUUCUCCGACCCCAGAAACCAAGGAAUCUGUCGAGCCCGAAUUGCCGCACAAACUAAAGAAAGCUGGUUUUAAAAACAUGUUUGGAACGACCAAGAAGAAAGAGACGGAUAUUAAGCAACCCAUGAAGCCUGUAGAAGGUUCUGCUGUCGCUGCUGCCCGGGCUGCACUAGAGAGUAAGGCUAGGGCAUCUCAGGAACAGCCACCUGCUCGCAAUGGUACCACUGUUCUGAGGAAAAAGCCUGUUGCAGCAACAGCUCCAGCGAAGUCUGUUAAGCAAAUCACUGAGGUGCAUGAGCCAAAAGCUACUGCGACCCCAGAACCAGAGUCUAGUGCCCCAGCCUCAGCCCCAGCCCAGGUUCCGGAGCCAGCGCCAGCUCCAACUCCAGAAAACAUGAGUGAUAAACCCAAGAUUCGGCGUGAGGCUGAAUACGAUGCCCUCUCCCGGGUAGAUACCAAUGAACAGGUAGCGGCCGAUCAGGAAUUCUCCCGGUUUGACCAGGGACCCUUAUUAGAGCAACCUGCGUUUGUUCCUGAAGACUCACCCGUCGAGGAGGCAUUCCCUGCGGAGAAGCCUGAGGAUGAGCCCACCCCCAGUUCGCCCGUAUCUCCACCGCGGAUCAACAAUGCUUCUCAGGACCGUUGGGCCCAGAUUCGCAAGAAUGCGGCGGAAAGGAUUGUCCAGACUGGAGGCCGUCCAAGUACCGCUGAUGAGGAUGGCAACACCAGCGAGGAAGAAAGCUUCGAAACUCGCGCCGCCCGAAUCAAGGCUAGAGUAGCUGAAUUGACCGGAAACAUGCAAGCUGCAAACCGGCCCUAA